AUGGCGCGGAAGAAGACAAAGAAGCGUCCGGUCAUCGCGCGCGACGACGUCGAGUCGCGCGCGACGCUCAAAAGCGACGAUGAAACGGAAGAUUACGACGACGCGGAUUCGUCGCCCGCGCGCGUUCCGAACGGCGUGGACGCCUCGCGCGUCGCGUUCGGCGCGCGGGCGUCGCCGUCGCGCGUCCGAGGCGAAGACGAAGGACCGGUGAAGCUGUGCGUCACGGUGCGGCCGCAGGUCGUCGUCGACGACGACGAAGCGUCGAUGCGGAUAGAUAUUUUAGAAGAGGUCGUGGAGGAUUUGAAGCUCGAGCUCGACGGGUACCGAGCGGCGGCGCGGGAGUUGGCGAUCGAGAUCGAGGCGAAGGAUAGAGCGCUCGAGGCGAGCGCGAGGGACACGCGACACGAAAAGACGGAGGGACGCGCGCUGGCCGUGCGCGAGGCCACGGCGAGAUUGACGGAUAGAUUGGAAAAGGCGGAGAAAGCGGUCGAGCGCGAACGCGGGGAUGGCGAUCGAGGACGCAAAGCUUUGGAGACGCUGAAGAAAAUGGAAGCCGAACUCGAGCGGCGGAUGUGCGACCAAGACGAGGCGUUCGAGCUCAAGUGGGCGCAGCGCGUGGCGGAGGCUAACGCCGAUCGAGACGCGUUUCGUGGUAAACUCGCCAAGCUGGAGGGCGAGAUGGAGACGGUUAAAAUCUCGGAAGAACGCGCUCGGAGCGAAUUGGUUUCGGCGAAACGUCAAAUCGACGAGUUACAGCUCCGUCUAGCCCGAGCGCUUUCCGCGCCCGCACCGCGCGGAAACGAGCGCACGGACGAUCCACGCGACGUCGUCGACGACGACGCGUCGAAACCUCGUCGUGGUUUCUUUUCCUUCAUCACGGGCGUGCCCGAGGCGCCGAAAUCGGACCGUCCCGUCGUCGACGCCUAG